AUGGAGGGUCCCAGCGCCACCCAUCGGUCAGCCCUCAGAUCGAUCGAUCGGCGCUCAAAGUCGCUUCAGAUCCGAGAAAGCUGCUGGCGCCGCUGCCGAUCCCAGCCGCGACGCCAGCAGCUUCCUCUGCUCUCCAAUGCGCCGAGAAGCGACGCGGCGGUGCUCGGCUCGCCAUGCACGAUGACGGCUCCGCUGGGUGCUCGUCGGCCGGUCCGGUGGCACCCUAUUCGCGCGUCACCUGCCGGCGUCCCGACGACAGCCUCGCGCCGCCGCUGAUGGAGGGGCGGUCGGCGCCACUGCCGCCGCGCCGCCGGUGGGAGAGGCACUGGUGGUGGCCUGGGCGGCCCUCCGCCGCCGCUCGGCGCGCCCGGGCAGCGGUGGCAGCCUGC